GAAAACUGUGCAACUACAUGAGCUGACAGAACUGGAGACACAGUUCUUUAGCAGCCAACAAACAGUUUCCCACAUCCAGGAAAGAAUCAAAUCCUUGAAAAACGCCAUGCAGAUGGCCAGAGAAAUACGACGCGUACCCUUUCUGGACCAGUACUGCGUCCUGGAUAAGUUGUUGGAGACACUGAGGGCUCCUGUGGAUUCAUUUGAUUUGAAGCGCAUCUCUCUGGGGUCCAGUAUGAGUUGUGUUUUUCAGGAAGAAAAUCUAGACCAGAGUUUGUCUUUGUCUUUGAAGAUGGAAAAAAGAAGCCUAAAACUAUGUGGUGCUGUGGAGGGGGGCUGCAGUGGCACCAAGCUCCCCAACUUCCAAGAACAGGACCAGGAGAACCUGAGGUCACAAAGUAUCACACCAAGCCCAAAACCCUCUGACAUAAUCGACUUUUCUAGCCUCAGCUCCUGCUCAGACCUUCAAAGCCCAGAUGUAAUUGUUGAAGAGGUCUUAGAGGAGGAGGUGGAGGAGUUAGUUGACCCUGUCACUGGCCCUGACCGGAUGAGCAAGAAACUGAGACACCAGAGUAAAAAACGAAGGCACCAGUCUUUUAAAAAGCAACAUGACUCCAAGUGGGUGGUGGUGAGCCACAUUGUGAGUCCAGCCCACUUUUAUGUUCGCCAUGUGGCAGACAAACUGGAAAGCGAGGUCCUGUCAAAGAGAAUUCACAACCUCUGCUCUGGAAAUGGCUGUUCUUUUGCACUUGGAGACUCGCUAGAAAGCAAAUCUCUCGUCUUUGUGCUGUCCAAAGAGAGACAGUGGUGCCGCUCCAGAGUGGUAGAAAUCCUUCAGCAAGGAAACUUGGAGGCUGUGAAAAUCUGUCCAGUCACACAGCUGGCUGGGGUUUACGUUUACUCUCUAGACUUUGGAUUCUGCAGAAGGAUAAACAUUCAAAGUGAGGACGGUACACCUGAAAGUACUCUAAAGGCUGUGAACAACCAACUGAGAAAGAUUUGUGAAGACGUCAAACUGGAGCUUAGUGGCUUUGUCCCACAAGCCAUCAGAUGUUCACUGAAAGACCUCGUCCCAUAUGAUUUGGGCAAAGGCUGGGAUAACAGGGCGCUCGUUGCUUUCCGCGCUAUAACUGGCUCUGCAGCAUUGGAGAUGCAACCUUUGGGUCGAGACAGAGAUGCGUUGUUGGUGGAUCUAAGAAAGAUUCCAGUGGAACAACACAGUGAUGUACCCAUCUCUCUCAGAGAGUAUCUUGUUUUCAACGAAGUUGCCAGGUUUUAUUAUCCAGUGAUUACGGACAGAAAGCCUUUGCUGUACUACCCUCCAGUUUAUCCCAGAGUCAACACAGAACUCAAUGUGGUGGUCUGCCACAUCAACAGCCCUGGUGACUUCUACGUCCAAGCGGUUGACAGCAUGGAGUCAUUGCUGCUCACAACCAGACUUCAGGACUGCUAUAACACUCCAGCUGUGCUUGAAGAUGAAGAGCUUAAAGUCUACUGUCCGGAGAUUGGACAGCCCUGUGUUGCCCGCUUUGAAGAAAACCUGUGGUACAGAGCACAGGUCAUCGGUUGUCCAAGAGCAAGUAAAGUGGAGGUGCUCUAUGUGGAUUUUGGCAAUAGGAAAAUCAUUCCAGUCAGUGACCUACGGAAGAUCAAGAAUGAGUUCUUCACACUUCCUGCCAUGGCCAUCCCCUGUUGUUUGGCAGACGUGAUUCCUUUCGAUGGAGAGACCUGGAGUGAAGUCUGCACCAGCAGAUUCAUCAGUUUAACAUACCAGAAGCUGGUCCUCAUUUUUGUAACGGAAAGAGUUUCCAGACCUGCACCGAUACCGGUUACAGUCUUUGAGAGUGAUGGAGCACAAGCUAACAUAGCUGAGGUUCUGGUUAAAGAAGAGCUGGCCUGCUGUAAAGACAAGAUGAAAACCAACAAAGCCAGUCUGUUUGACAAUGAUGCUGACAUAUGGGAUCCUGUAUUGGAGAUCAGUUCUGCAAAACCAAGCAGUUAUCCUUCAGGCAAAACUGAUUGUAGAGAACAGAACAAGGAACUAUUGGACUUACAGAUUCACCUGCGAUCUCCUGAUCAGCUCAAAGACCUGACUGUCAGGAUCAGCCAUGUCUGCUCACCAAGCAGCUUCUAUGUCCAGUUCACCCAGUAUGACGCACAGCUCCAAAGGAUCUGUGAAAAGGUGAGGAGUGAGUGUGAACUCACAGAGCCACAGGAGGUGGUGUGGAAGGCAGACAUGUUUUGCGCUGCGUACAUCAACGGAGUCUGGGAGCGAGGGCAGAUCUGCGCCGACCUCACUUCCACUGACACGGCAGAAGUGAGACGAUGUGACCAUGGCAACACAGAGAAGCUGCAUGUCAGCAGUCUGCGGCCAUUGCCAUCCUCUUUGAUCGGCUCCAUGUCACUUGAGUGCUCUCUUGAUGAUAUCACGCCUACGGGGGGGCAAUCAGUCUGGACUAGUACAGCAAUUGACUUGUUCUCCCACUACGUAAGCGGGGCAGUGGCUCUAAUCACUAUUAAGGAGCCUACAGAGGAACGCCCAGUACCUGUCACCUUGUUCUGCUCCAACAAAAUAGGGCAGUAUGUCAGCAUGUCAGACUUCCUUGUUCAUGAAGGGCUCGCACUGGGGAAAAGAAAGCCCAGCAGAGAUCCUAUCAUCCAAAAACCUGAGGAAAAAGAUGUAAGGUCUCCAACCACCAAGACGCAAACAAAUGAGAAAAAAAACUCCUCUCUGUCCCUGUUGCUUAAAACUUCCCUCGAAGGGACUCUCACCCCUCCAAAACCAAGCCCCCGCCGCCUUAAUUCAACUGCAAAGGUUAAGACUUCAUUGUACAACGCGCCACAGCUGCCAUCUCCGGGCCACAUCCAGAUGACGGUCACUGCUGUUGGAGAUGACGGUGUCAUUUAUGGCAGAUCUCAAGAUUUAGAGUGUCAGCUGCAGCAGCUUUGUUUAAGGAUCCAGCAGACCUGGAAGACUCUACCCGAACCAAAGCCCUACACCUGGAAGUCUGUUCUGGGCUGUGCUGUGUUUGGAUCGGACUCGCUGUGGUACAGAGGACAGAUUCUCUCCGUGCUGGGAGGAAACGUUGAGGUGCAAUAUGUGGAUCAUGGGUUUGUGGAGAACAUCCCGAUGGCUCAUGUGUACCCAGUGCUGCUGUGUGCUGAUGUCCCUCAGCUCUGUAUACCCUGUAAGCUUCACGGCAUCAACCCUCUGGGCGGGAGGUGGCAGGAGUUUACCGUCGCCUUCUUGAGGGAGCUGCUGCAGAACCGCUUUGUUGACGUGCAAAUAUUGGAUUUGCCAGCUGAUCCAAGAGGGCCUCUUACCGUGCAGAUCUUUCUAGAUGGCCUGAAUCUCAAUGAGAUCCUGUCUCACCACGGGCAUGGUUCUGUGGAUGCAGCCAUUGCAGCAGAAGAGGAGCACACAGCCAUUCCUCCAACCCCAAUCCUGGAUGUCUGGGAUAUUACCACAGAGGGUCUUGUAGAAACCCAGGAGCCCAUGUUGGGGCCUUUUGUUUCCCCAAACCUGCCACAGGAGGGGGACCACUUCAAAGUCCAGGUCAAGCAUCUGUGUACCCCUAAUGAGGUGUUUCUUUGGCCUCUGGAGGGAGCUGUUGACACUGAAGUUGAGGGAGAGACUCUGGAAGAGGCUUUGUUCAGAAUCAAUGCAAACAUCAGCACUCUGCCGCCGCUCACCUGCUUCAACAGUGGUUAUCCAUGUCUGGCAGAAUACAGCGACGGGAAGUACUACCGGGCCAAACUGCUGCAGAUCACCAGCUUGGAACCCGUCACACUGUUGGUCCAGCAUGUCGACUUUGGUUCGGAUGACGCACUCCCCCCCAGAAAGUUGCGUCAGAUGCCGGCAGAUCUGCUGAAGUUUCCAACUCAGGUGCUGAAAGUUCGAAUUGCCGGCUUGAAGGCUCCAACCAUCAGCCAGCAGAAAGACGUUCUUCCCUACAGCCCCGGAUGGAGCGUGGCAGCUGCAAUGGAAAUGAUCGACCUGCUGCACGGCAGCAUCACAGCUACUGUUGUCGCUCGAGAGCCUGAUGUGGUUGUGCAGCUUUACAACAAGGAUGGAGAGCUGGUCCACCUGGGCCUGGUGAACAAAGGACUGGCUGAGCUGGAGUGAAGUUGAUCUGGAACAUCUGCUGCUGGUCGAGCAAAUGUUUCCUGCCCGACAGGUUUCUUCAGUGAUUUAUAUAUUUUUAUUUAUAGAUUUUAGUUCUGAAGUGUUGUUGAAAUGGGACUUUUUGCUGUUGUGAGCAGUUCAUCUCAGAUUCAGCUGUUAGGUUUUAACUCAUUUGUGUUGCUGGUUUCAUCUGAGACAUUUGUUUGAAGAUACGAAAAUAAAAGCUCUUCAUUUCUGUC